CACUCUCGUAAGCGAUGGGAACGCUUUGUCCACAGUGAAAACCAACACCUUGUCAGCCCAGAAGCCUUGGAUUUCCUGGAUAAGCUGCUGCGAUAUGAUCACCAGUCACGGCUCACUGCAAGAGAAGCCAUGGAGCAUCCUUAUUUCUAUACUGUUGUGAAGGACCAGGCUCGAAUGGGUUCAUCUAGCAUGCCAGGGGGCAGUACACCUGUCAGCAGCGCCAACAUGAUGUCAGGGAUUUCUUCAGUGCCAACCCCCUCACCCCUCGGACCUCUGGCAGGCUCACCAGUGAUUGCUGCUGCCAACCCCCUUGGGAUGCCUGUUCCAGCUGCCGCUGGUGCUCAGCAGUAAUGGUCCAUCUUUCUCCUGAUGCCUGAGCAGAGGUGGGGAAGUCCACCCUCUCUUUGAUGCAGCUUGCACCUGGCGGGGAGGGUGAAACACUUCAGAAGCACCAUGUCUGAACUGCUGCUUGUGGAUUUAUAAUAGUUCAGUCAUAAAAAAAAAUUAUAAUAGGCUGAUUUUUUUUUCUUUCUUUUUUCUUUCUUUUUUUUUUUUUUUUUUUAAUCAAACUUUUCAUAACUCAGGGGAUUCCCUGAAAGUUUACCUGCAGGUGGAAUAUUUCAUGGACAACUUUUUUUCUUCUCUUCCAAAUUCAGUUCCUCAUCACUAAAGAACAAAAUGAUAAACCAGUGUCAAUCCUGGCUGCUACAUUUGGGUGGAAAUUUCUUCCCAUUUCUACCAUUGCUACCCCACCAUCCUAUACUCUGGGUGGGGGUUGUAUUUUGUGCUCUUCUCCAGAGAUUAUAAAAAUGUAGCUUCUCAAGGAAGGAGGUAGGAUGGAAAAGAGGCAAGGAAGACUCAAUCUAUAAGAGCAGUGUACUGCUAGUCAUUUGUUCCAUAAGUGAUUCAGGGCAGUUACCUUGGCAACUCUAGUGGAAGUGUAUCUUAGUUCUGUGGAGAUGUUGAAAAUCUACCCAAAGGGCAGACAGAUUCUGAAAACAUUUGUUCAGUGUGAAUCAUGUUUUAUUGAACUAACCCUAAAUUGAGCUAAUUUAUAAUGUUGGUAUCAGUUUAGUCUAAAAUUGUGAUAGUACCCUCCAAGGCUCCUACUUUGUCUUUUCCCCUUUUAUAUCUCAACAUGUUGUGCUCCAUAGCUGGUAGGAGAGGGAAGACAAAAUCUUUUUCAGUUUUCUUUGACU